AAGUCGGUAGAAUCAGCUUCGUUACACUGUGAGGUGCCGGUCGCCGGUUUCACCCUCUUGAGGAUGGUGAGUCUAUGCCAGGCCUGUGUAGCUUUGCUAUGAUGUCCUCAACUUACGCGUAUAGUUGCACUUCGUGCUCCUGCUUUUCCGAGAAUGUAGAAGGAGAUAUAAUUCGUACGUAAGAAAACCCCCCCUUCCACAAACGGGAAUAACGCAUACUUAAAACGGCCCCAAGUCUGCCCAGCCCCUGGAUAUUUCCCCCUUCUUAGACCAGCUCUAUCUCCAUACCGUAAUCCUCUACUUACCUAUUUAGUAACUCUCUGAAGAGCUUACCACGCCAGAAAAUAGUUUCCCCAAUCAACGAACGUUGGGAGCUAUUGUAUCAGUACCCAAUAUAAAGCUACCGGAUCGCUACAACAUGGCGCUUAGUGGGAAAGAAGAUGGCGGAGCUGACAGAGCCGCGAAAACUAAAUACGACCCGGAGUUCACGGACAAGGUCAUCGCCGCCACGGGCCCGAAGGCCCUUCCCCGUCUAAAGGAGAUCAUGCCAAGCUUGCUGCGGCACCUACACGACUUCGCCCGUGACGUAGACCUGACAGUCGCGGAGUUGUUCGCAGGGAUCGAACUAAUAAACGAGGCGGGUCGCAUGUCUACGGACAAGCGCAACGAGACGGGCAUGCUAUGCGAUAUCCUCGGCCUCGAAUCGCUCGCCGACGAGAUCUCAUCCAAACUGCUCUCCGAUAGCGGCUCGUCCGGGACAGCCACGCCGUCGACCGUCCUCGGGCCCUUCUACCGGGCCAACGCGCCGCUCCUCCCGAGCGGCAGCAGCAUCGUGUACGCGGCGCCAGACUCGCCGUGGUCGGUGCAAGCGGCGCCGUGGCUGACGCACCUGUCGGGGCGGGUGGUGAGCGCGUCGACGGGGGAGCCGGCGGCGGGCGCGGUGGUAGACGUGUGGAUGGCGGACGCGCGGGGGCUGUACGAGCAGCAGGACGCGGGGCAGCCGGAGAUGAACCUGCGGGGGCGCGUGCGGGCGGACGAGGCGACGGGCCGGUACGCGGUGUACUGCGUGCGGCCGUCGGCGUACCAGGUGCCGCGGGACGGGCCGGGCGGGCGCCUGCUCGAGCUGCUGGACCGCCACCCGUACCGGCCCGCGCACAUGCACUUCGUGGUGACGGCGCCCGGGUUCCGCGCGCUGACCACGCAGGUGUUCGACCGCGACGACGAGCACGUCCGCGACGACACCGUCUUCGCCGUCAAGGACGAGCUGCUGGUCAAGUUUGAGCCGCGCGAGGGGGACGACAGGGCCCGCUGGACGGUGGAGUACGAUUUUGCGCUGAGCGAGGCGUGAGAUGGUAGAAAAGGGAGGAAGGGGGGAGAAGUGUGCUAGUUCGUACUUGUGUCUAUUUGUAUAGCCCCUUGCUGCAUCGGGGGUUUUUUAUUUCGGGUUUGCGGGCCAUAUGUUUUAUUACGAAGAUGACCAGAAUGUCUAAUUGUUAGAAGAGAUUGAGCAAAUGCUAUACAUUAACUUGCGUGCUUUUUCUUGGCGACGAUGUCUUCAAUUAAGAGGCUCUCAUUAUUUUGGA